AUGUCAACAGCAGAUACCAGUACGGAGACUGUCCCGAUAGAGGCAGGCCCAGUCGAAGAGACCAAGGUCGCAGACCCUGAAGUUGUUGACUGGGACGGACCAGAUGACCCUGAAAACCCUCACAACUGGCCAAGCCAUAAGCGGUGGGCGCAUGUCGUUGUGAUUGCAAUUAUCUGCCUAGUCAUGAAUAUAGCGCCAACCAUGUGUGCACCAAGCAUCAACCUCCUCGUUGCGGAAUUUAACAUCCGGUCGUUUGUUGUCAGCACCUUUGCAGUAACGCUCUAUCUCCUCGGCCUAUCAGUGGGCCCUAUGUUCAUCUCCCCCCUGAGCGAGGUGUACGGCCGUCUUCCCGUCUACCACAUCUCCAAUGUUGUGUUUGUCGGCUUUGUUAUCGGCAAUGCCCUGAGCAAGAACAUUGGCCAGUUUCUCGCUUUUCGUUUCCUCUCUGGCUGUGCGGGCGGUACCCCCAUGGCACUUGGUGGAGGAAGCAUCGCAGAUGUCACCCCAAUCCAGCGCAGAGCAAUUGCUAUGGCCCUGUUUAGCCUUGGACCGCUGACUGGCCCCGUUCUGGGACCUGUUAUCGGUGGCUUUAUCGCUGCUGGCAAGGGUUGGCGCUGGAUCUUCUGGAUCCUGGCGAUCAUCGGAGCUGCCGCCACGAUUACCGGAUUCGUCAUCCUACGUGAGACACACCCUGGAAUUAUUCUCGAACGCAAGGCCGCCCGUCUUCGUGCAUCCACUGGCAACCCACAUCUUCGAUCAAAGCUUGCCCGUUCCCUGUCACCACGCCAGCUCCUGGCUGGUGCUCUUAUUCGGCCCACCAGGCUUCUUAUUCGUUCGCCAAUUCUACUAGUCAUAUCCCUCUAUGUGGCUCUAGUCUUUGGGCUUAUGUACCUACUCUUCACCACCUUUACCGAUGUGUUCGAGGGUGAAUAUGGCUUCACUACUUCCACUUCCGGACUAGUCUAUCUUGGCCUCGGAGUCGCACUGGUCAUAUGUAUGUUCUUAUUUGGCGCCCUCAACGAGCGUGUGCAGGCCGCGUGCCUGAGAGCCGAUGGUGCUACACAAACCCGGCCCGAGUAUCGCCUAGUCCUCAUGAUAUUCUUCAGCCCGUUGGUCGGAGUAGGAUUGUUUAUCUACGGCUGGACGGUACAGUACAGAGUACACUGGAUCGUGCCUAUCAUCGGAACUAUGAUUAUGGGGUUUGGAGCCUUCUUCGUCCUUAUGCCCGCUCAACUCUACCUUGUCGACCUGUUUGGUUCCGAGGCUGCUGCUUCAGCCCUGGGAGCCAACAACCUUAUGCGUUAUCUGUCCAGUACUUUCUUGCCACUAGCCGGGCCUAGCAUGUAUAAAACGUUGCACUAUGGCUGGGGUAAUACGCUACUUGGGUUUCUUGCCCUUGCCUUCGUCCCGGCUCCGAUUUUCUUCUACAAGUACGGUGAAUGGCUUCGCGCUAGAAACGUUGUUAAAUUGUAA